CCCUGGAAGUCAACAGAACUCAUUGUAAGGCCACAGCAGUUACUUUCCUAUUCCAAAGACUUAAGCCGAUGUACCGAAAUUUUUCAUAAUUCGUACACAACUGUUUCCGGCUGUAGCCUACACCAACAUUUCUUUUUAUGCACGGGUUAGAGAAAUUAAGUUAUUUAUAAAUAUUGAACGGACCUAUCUCAGGUAUUAUUUGAAAUAAAUAGAAAUUAAAUGCAACGCCGUAUAUGUGUUAUCGCGUAAGCGCAAAUUAUAUGGACCUCAUUAUACAAUAUUGCAAAUUGUGAAUUUUGCGGGAGUCUCCUGCAGCGGACAUGGAAUCUUAGCAUUGGUGUUGCAUGAAUCGUGUCAAGAUGGUUGCAUGUUUAUGAUUUGGCGCAAGGUUUACCUUGAACGAUGUUGGAUUUGUAUAAAAACACCUGUUAAACAUGUUUAUGUAGAAAAUCGGAACGUAGCACAUAUAUACAUUGACAGUAAUUAGAUUUGGCCUCGUUUAUUGGGAACGCAGUUACGAACCAAAAUUUAUUUAGGCCUAAGUGCAUUUACUGCACUAUACUAAUUUUAGAGCUAGGCUUCCCCAUGUGAGUCUGAAGAACAGCAGGGAGCUGAUACAUUCCAAACAACAUCUGGAAUGGAUUCACAGCAGCAGUUCUGUCUUAAGUGGAACAGUUUUGGCAGCAAUCUAGCAACAACAUUUGGAAACUUAUUUCGAUCCGAGAGCUUAACAGACGUUACAUUGUUUUGUGAAGGUGUCACAUUUAAAGCACAUAAAUUGAUCUUAGCAGCAUGCAGCAAGCACUUUCAGGAUCUCUUUGAAACAGCACCAGUAUGUCCGAGUGUCCUUGUUAUAUUGGAUGGCACAUCAUCUUCAAAUAUGUCAGCAUUGCUAGAAUUUAUGUACAAAGGUGAAGUUCACGUUUCACAGGACAGCUUGUCAAGCUUUUUGAAAGCAGCUGAAUGUUUGCAGGUGAAAGGUCUUUCAAUAGAGCAUGAAAAGCUGGCUGUAGUGCACAGCUCCCAGGCUGGCUCUGUGAAUCAUGACAGCCAACUUGACUCACCCACUAACAGGAAACAGUCAAAGCUUAAUAGCUGUCUUUCGAAGGAAUCCCAUGAAGGAAACACCCCAGAACAGACACAGCAGCAACAACAACAACAACAGCAGCAGCAGCAACAACAACAACAACAGCAGCAACAACAGCAACAACUUCAACAACCACCUCCACCACCUCAACAGCAGCAACAGCAACCACAGCAACACCAUCAUCAUCAACCACAACCACAAACUCAACCACAGCAACAGCUGCACCAACAGCAUCCAUCUACCUCAUCAUAUACAACAGCAUUGUAUAUGCAUCCAUCACAUUAUCGCUAUGAACAGAGGGUUCCAUUAUCUCCUUCCCAUUACGAUGCUCCUCCUCCACGUAAACGUCACCAUCGCAGCUCGUCGGAGGUGAUGCAAGAUGCAGCUGCUGCUGCUGCAGUACGCGCAUCCGUAUUGCGUGAUGGCAGUAAGCCAUCAGGGAAGUUGUCGCCACUAUCACUGGCUUACCGUCCAUCAGGAAGUCAGCAACAGAACCAGCAGCCACCUCCCCCUCCACCGCCGCCACCUGAGCCUGAACUCAAAUCUGAACCAGACAAAACUUAUGUACAGAGUCCUCACCAUAUGCGAUAUGAUUCUGCUGCUGAUCCAAAUCCUGCUGCCACACCUGUGACUUAUGACAGAACUGCUGCUGUGGAUGUCGACCCUUCAGAUCCUAUUGGCUCAGACAGCCGCCGAUCUUCAGUGGAUACUGGGAGCAGUUGUCCCGAAGAUUUGCGAGUGAAGUUGGAGAUAUCAGGCUCUCAUUCAGAAGACCAGCAUACUUCGUCUACUGCUAUGUAUGCAGAUACAAGUGCAGAACAAGCACCAGAAAUGAUUCCAAUCAAUGUAUGGAACUCUGGUGCAAAUAUGAAGGUUUCACCGCAGAAGGGCAGCUCAAUUGCCACAGCAGAUGGUAAAAAACUGAAGUGCCCAUUUUGUGAGCGUCUGUAUGGCUAUGAAACGAACUUGCGGGCACACAUUCGGCAGCGUCACCAGGGUAUACGGGUUCCAUGUCCAUUCUGCAGCCGCACCUUCACCCGCAACAAUACAGUUCGUCGUCACAUUGCCCGUGAGCACAAAACAGAAUAUAGCUUGAAAGUGUUCCAGCAAGCUCAAGUCCAUAAUCACAACAACCAGUAAACUCAAGCCAAUCAACAGUAACAGAAAUACCU